AUGAAAUACAAGGAGAUGACAGAAUUUUAAAUGAUAGCAUCACUGGAACCCAUUUGUCUCUUUAUGAAUUUUAACAAUUCCAGUGUCUGAAUGGGUUUGUGAUUGAAAAUGCAAAGCAAGAGCUUAAAAAGGUAUUUGCUUUCAAUAAUUUUCAACAAAACAAUGGAAAUUAAAACUCUUGAAUUUAAUAUAGUAUUUUCAGACUAUCUCAAACCACAUCUAGCUCUUUGAUAUAACCUUUAAGGUCUCUUAAUUAUUAUAGUUAGAACAUUAUAUUUAUUAGGUUGUAGGCACUGUUGUACCUUAUACCUGUUGACUCAGUUAAUCCUCAAACAACUUUAUGAGGUAGUUACAUUUGUUAUUCCCAUUUUACAGAUGAGACAAAGCCCAGAGUUGAAGUGACUUGUCUAAGGUCACAUAGCUGACAGGUGGCGGAGCCAGGAUUCAGACCCAGUGAACUUCAACUGUGGCUGUGGCCUGGACUCGGCAUUCAAACAUGACAAAUUGACCUCUUGUUGUAGAGAUGUCUUGAAGAUGCUGAAGAACAAACAGUUCACAGAAUGGGAGAAACUUUCAUAUACAAUGAUUUGGGAUGCCAAUUGCAAUCCUUACUGGCAAUAUAACACAAAUUAUGAGGAAAGUUGUUUAACAACAUAACUGUGAUUUUGAUGAAGUCAAGUAUCAAGCUGAACUCCCAGCCCCCGGCACAGGCUGGGGAUGAUGAGAAGAACCAGAAGACGAUCACUGUCAACCCUGCCCACAUGGGGAAGGCGUUCAAGGUUAUGAAUGAACUGCGGAGUAAGCAGCUGUUGUGUGACGUGAUGAUUGUGGCAGAAGAUGUCGAGAUAGAAGCCCACCGUGUGGUCCUGGCGGCCUGCAGCCCCUAUUUCCGUGCGAUGUUCACAGGUGACAUGUCUGAGAGUAAAGCAAAGAAGAUUGAAAUCAAGGACGUGGAUGGGCGGACACUGAGUAAGCUGAUUGAUUACAUCUAUACGGCCGAAAUUGAGGUGACCGAAGAGAACGUCCAGGUGCUGCUCCCUGCAGCCAGCUUGCUGCAGCUCAUGGACGUUCGGCAGAACUGCUGUGAUUUCCUGCAGUCUCAGUUGCACCCCACCAACUGCCUGGGCAUCCGCGCGUUCGCAGAUGUGCACACCUGCACCGACCUUCUGCAGCAGGCCAAUGCUUAUGCAGAGCAGCACUUUCCAGAGGUGAUGCUGGGGGAAGAAUUUCUUAGCCUAAGUCUGGACCAGGUGUGCAGCUUGAUAUCUAGUGACAAGCUGACGGUUUCUUCAGAAGAGAAGGUAUUCGAAGCUGUGAUUUCGUGGAUCAAUUAUGAGAAAGAAACCCGUUUAGAGCACAUGGCAAAGCUGAUGGAACAUGUCCGUCUCCCUCUUCUACCUAGGGACUACCUAGUCCAGACGGUUGAGGAAGAAGCUCUGAUAAAGAAUAACAACACCUGUAAGGACUUCCUCAUCGAAGCCAUGAAAUACCACCUGCUCCCUCUGGAUCAGAGGCUCCUGAUUAAGAACCCAAGGACCAAGCCCAGGACUCCAGUCAGCCUGCCCAAGGUCAUGAUCGUGGUUGGUGGCCAGGCGCCCAAGGCCAUCCGCAGCGUGGAAUGCUAUGAUUUUGAGGAGGACCGAUGGGACCAGAUUGCUGAGCUCCCCUCCAGGAGAUGCAGGGCAGGUGUGGUGUUCAUGGCUGGCCAUGUGUAUGCCGUGGGCGGGUUUAAUGGCUCACUCCGUGUGCGGACAGUGGACGUGUAUGAUGGUGUGAAGAACCAGUGGACGUCCAUCGCCAGCAUGCAGGAACGCCGGAGCACGCUGGGUGCAGCCGUGCUCAAUGACCUGCUCUACGCUGUGGGGGGCUUUGAUGGCAGUACUGGCCUAGCAUCCGUGGAAGCCUACAGCUACAAGACCAAUGAGUGGUUUUUCGUCGCCCCAAUGAACACACGGCGGAGCAGUGUGGGCGUAGGUGUCGUGGAGGGGAAGCUGUAUGCCGUUGGGGGUUACGAUGGGGCUUCCCGCCAGUGCCUGAGCACCGUGGAGCAGUACAACCCAGCAACCAACGAGUGGACCUACGUGGCUGACAUGAGCACACGGCGCAGUGGCGCAGGGGUUGGGGUUCUCAGUGGACAGCUGUACGCCACCGGUGGGCACGACGGGCCCUUGGUGAGGAAGAGCGUUGAGGUUUACGACCCAGGAACAAACAGCUGGAAGCAGGUGGCAGACAUGAACAUGUGUCGACGCAAUGCAGGUGUCUGUGCCGUGAAUGGGCUCCUGUAUGUGGUUGGAGGGGAUGAUGGCUCCUGCAACUUGGCUUCGGUGGAGUAUUACAAUCCUGUCACUGACAAGUGGACGCUGCUGCCAACCAACAUGAGCACGGGGAGGAGCUACGCAGGUGUUGCUGUGAUUCACAAGCCCUUGUGACUCCAACUCCCAUACCAGGAAUUGGGGGACAGGCGGGGUGCUGCCUGGGACUCAGAACAGCGGGACCGUGACGGCUGGAUCCCACUCACUGGCAGAGUCUGCAGCAGAGCGAGAACAGCCCUCCUUGGACUUGGCAGUAUAGUGUCCGGAGUGAAGACCAGGGUCCCACCUGCUCCCCUGAGGGGUUUCAGCCCUGAGCAGUGGGCUCCUGAUAGCUUCAGGUGGCACCUUUGGGCUUCUCUUGUGUUUCUACAGGGACUGGUGUGUGUGUGUGUGUGUGUGUGUGUGUGUGUGUGUGUGUGUAUGUGUGUGUGUGUGUAUGUGUAUGUAACACGGGGCCUCCCUAAGUGGGAUGGGGUGUGACCGUCUACUGGAUUUCUGUACUACUGAUCCUUCAGCUAUGCUAAAACUCAAACCACAGGAACCUUUCUUCUGGAGUUGCCCCAUGGGCACCCUGAGACUACUAAAGCUGCUGUCUGUUGGAGGUCCAGUUGGACAGGGAUGUCCAGAAGUGACCAAUGAGAAGGACAGUGCUCUGCCCAUUCCCACAUACAGGCUUUGACUACUGGCACUGUCUGCAGAAGAGCUGGACGUUUUCAGGGCUGCACUGCAUCCUCUGUGUGCUAGGACUAGGAACAAAGGGGCUCCCCAGCCCCUCAGCCUGGUGCUUGUCCUUGGGCUCUCCUCCGGGAAGCAGAUGAGAACUGCCCGUUCUUCGGACCACUGGUCUUCGAUGUCAUGGAUUCCAAGUUUGGGAGAGUUUGUGUAUCUUCAAUUGGGAAAACUAGAUCUCAGAGAAGUCCCGAGGAACACACUGGGAAAAAUAAACAUACAUGAAAAACAAAAAGAAGAACAAAAAACCCCAGUGCCUGUAACGGUUUCAGAGAGGAUCCUGCUUCUGGAUUUUCCCAGGAUGUGACAGUCCCCAUUAUAAUUAUUAUCCAGGCUUGAUUAUUCACAACAUCCCACUUCCCCUCAAAAGUGUUCUGCUUUGGAGGAAAAGUAAAAGGUCACCCUGCCUCCAAAACCAAAGAUAGGUUUGUCCCUGCAUUGGAUGGGGUCAGGUGUUCUUCAGAUGAACAUGGAUGUCUUCAAAGGAGCUUUCCGGCUGGAGCUGGCCCUUAGCACCUUGUGAUGAUAGUCAAGUCUGUCUGACAUCCUUGUCUUUCUUUCCUUGUGCCCUCCCCUUAUUCUAGGGCCUGUACCCUCUCUCCCACUGUCAGAACACCCUCCUUCUCCUUGCUUCUGAGGGAAGGGGAUGGUGGUAGGCCCUGAAUGUGUGAUCUCUCUCAGGGGCACUUGCAUUUUGAGAGGAGCUAAUGAGAACUUUGCUAAUUCACAGGUAAAAACUAUUAAUGACAGAACUUUAAGCAUCUGGUAGGAGGGAGGUAUUUCAUGGCUCACAAGAGUCACUUGCAUUGAAAAAAAGAGGAGCUUAAAGCCAAGCCUUUUUGUUCCUAAACUAGCAAGCUGCUUAUGUUGGAAUUUCUGGCACAAGGAGGGGAGGUCUUGUGUCUGGAGAACAGUCUUACAACUUGGGGGCUCGGGUUUUAACCUUCCAUGAUGUCAGGGUCCUACAGGGAGACAGGGGCUCUGUGAACCCUGACAUUGGACUUCUCCUCCCAAGCACACAUCGGCGGAGGCUGGCAUCCUCCCACCACACCCCCGGCUUUAGAAACCCAGGACCCUCCACAGCUAGCUGGCCCCUUGGUGUAUUUACUGUAUAUUUAUUAUGCACUAAACACUGAACUCUUCUUGAAGAGGAACUGUCUUCUAAUGUUGAGCAGAUGUUAUUUCAGUGGGACAUUUGGAGAGAAGCAAGGCACCCAGAAGUUUUAGUAGCCUUUGGAAGAGGCGAACACAUCCGGCUUUGGUGGACCUGGAAGAGGUGUCUCCCAAGGAAUCCAUAUGUGCUUUCAGCUGGGUGCUGUGCUCUAACUCAGCGCUAGAGAUGACUGUGGUUUCAGAGCUCUGCCUGGCUCGAGACUGGAAGCUGAUGGAAUGAACUUUUGGUUCCAAAUGUUCUUCCUCCCUCUCUGAGGAAGGUUUGGGACUGUGUGUGUGUGUGUGUGUGUGUGUGUGUGUGUGUGUGUGUGUGUGUUGGGAAUGAGGUUGGGGUCUGAUGUGUGCUAUUCACACAGCUCCUGAUUUCAGAUGAAAGCUGAAUUCCCCACUCGCUCCCCUAACACGUAGGAGUUAGACUUUCACGCUUACGUGGAGGAGGCUAUUGUUUGUGUGUCAUCUUCACAGGAGGGUCCCUUCCCUGAAAGCUAGUCAGCCAUGUUUUCUGCUUUUGGAUUUCUGCUAUUGGUCCCAUCUCACAUCCCUCUUCCUGUGAAGCACCGCCCCUGCUUGUAGUGCUGCUGAGGCCAUAUUCAUUUCAUCCUCAUGUGUCCUUUCUCACGGGGACUAGAACACUGGUAUGUCAUCACCAAAAAGCCAAACUGCUCCAGCUGCCCACAGAUGCCAUCUAAAACCUGCUGUCUCUUUGUCACCAGGUACUGUUCUUUCUCCACAGUGGACACAACAGACUUAUUUUCAAGUCUCUGCUGGUUACAUGGUAGAUGAACCCCGUCGCCCCCCUCUGUCCUAGCCGCAAGUAGUUGUGAAUGCAGCUUUGCCAGUGCUGUAUCUGAAAUCUAAUCACAGUGGUGAAAUGGAAUUGCAGCCCAAGGUUUAGAAGCAGCGUAGACGCCGCUUGGAGACUGAUUUGAACAACAUAGAAGUCAGACUCUGAAUUCCAAAGUUAUUUCUCAUAUGUACCCAAUGGCAUCUCUCCAUCUAAAACAGUUGCAGUAUUAUGCAAAUGAAAGUGACCUCCUUUUCUGCUAUGCAAGAAGAAUACUUAAUUCUAUUUCAUGACAAACCAGUGGCAACAUCCCCCAAGAUGCUUUUUGAGCUGUCUUACUUUGAUACCUGUUGUGUAAUGUUUGUAUAUUCCUGAGCCAGAUCCUUUCAAAGAUUGUCUUUUUAUAAAAUUGAAGCUAUAGCUUUCAGGCAAAAAUUUUAAUGUAGAUAUUUUUAUAAGAUAAUUUUUCAGGAUAUUUGAAUUGCUUUUUAUUGUCUGUGAUAAUGAAAUGUUAUGUUGUAUACGUCAUUCAUUCUCAAACAUGGUUCAUGCCUGGAACUAUCUCCCCUUUGUUACUUACCCUCUAAAAUCUGAUUUUUCAGUAGCUCCGGGUAGAAAUGUCUGGAAAAACAAUCACUGGUGUCUCUUGAAUCGCUUAGGGAGCAACAUUAAGCCAGACUCAGCACUUACCCAACUCUGCUGUGUGUCUGCUUUUUGGGAGUCUGUUUCCUGCCGGGGUGAGGCUGGUUGGCCCGUCUCCUAGCGGCUCUCUGUGCCCGGCACUGAGCCUGGCCCGCUGUGGCGUGGAGAAGCUGCAGGAAAAGACCUGCCCUCCAGCACGUGCUCCCAGCAGUGUCCCAUGUCCAGCGGACCAGUCCUCAUUCUUUUCUGUCUCCUUAUUCUCCUAAGGCUUCCGACUGUGUAAGGCCUUUGCUGUUGGGUGAUGCCCUUUUUGGAAGCAUCUUGUCCAUGAACUUGAAAAGAGGGGUCCUGCUCAUGAUCCCUGUUAAGAAUGCACCAAGCAGGUGCUUCCCAGAUCACCACACUACACUUAUAAAAUGACUUGUUUUCUGAGCUGUGUCCACACUCCAGGUUCUAUUUUGUGUAUUUAUCUACCAUUAGCCUCGUUAACAAAAAAAAAAACAACACAUGAUUUUUAUUAUUAUUGGGACAGGUGCCAUUUGAAUGGCCUCCGAGCUCCCCAUUUGCACCUUGUUGAAUCAAGUUGGGAGGUUGAGCAAACUCAUACUCCAGUGAGCUGGAGUUCUUAAGGCUCUGUCUGCCUGGAGGAGCAAGGAGGUUGGAAUGUAUUUUUUUUUUAAGUGUUUGCACUACUUCAGAGUCCUAAGCCCCUCACGCUCAGCUGUGCCGUGUACCUACUGACCAAGCCGGAGAGCUGGCAGCACUUCUGGCAUUUGGGAAUGGAAGAGGCCUCUUCUGUAGUGGAUGUAAUCACAACCACAGAGCCCCUGUGCAGCCUGUGUCCAGGGGCUCAGGGACGCAUGGCUCAGCCACGGCAGGAACGCGUGGGACUGGGGCAUUCGGGGGAACAAACAGCUCUGUGCUACGUUCUUGCCUUUGGUUAUGAAGUUUCAAAUUAUGUCCCCUCCCCUUUUCAGUGGCAAUAAAGGGCCCUUGUUGGACUUCUUGAAUUUUUGUAUAUGAUGUGUAGAAUACUUUCUUUGAAAGAAAACUCAUGACACUGAAUGUGUGUGUCUGUGUGGGUGCUCUGUCUGUGUGGUCGUCCCUCGGCAGGCAGACUGGAUCCCUGACGCCUGUACAGCACGCUGUGUAGGUAAGGCCAUCGAUCUGGUGUUCUCUACGGGGACAUUAGGGGCUGUAUUUCUUGUAAAAGAACACUUGUCACAUGCUCGAUCAGUUACAAUGCUAGCUGAAGAAACAGUUCCUCAAAUGUAUUACUUUAACAGGAAUAGUUUCCCAUACUUUGUUACUUUAAUUUUAAUAAAACCUGAACUGUGAGAACCUU